UCACAGAUCCGUUAUCCUCACUCUCGCACUUUCCCUUUGGGGUUUUUCAUCGAACACCUUUCGAAACCCUAGAAAACCUCUCGUCCUCAAUCUUCAAUGGAGUUUGGCGCCAAAAAACGAAGCCGGCCGGCCGGCACCUUCAACGGCAACACCGGAUUCAAGAAAUCUAAACAAGACAUGGAAUCGUUUCAAUCUGGUUUAGGAAGCAAAUCGAAGCCUUGCACAAAGUUUUUCAGCACUUCGGGUUGUCCAUUCGGUGAGGGAUGCCACUUUUCACAUUACAUACCCGGUGGGAUCAAAUCCGUCAAUCAAAUGACAGGUGGCAAUCCCGCAAUGGCCGCAACCAUCAGAAACCCCGUACUACCACCGUCAUUCCCAGACGGUUCAUCGCCGCCAGCUGUCAAAAGCCGGUUAUGCAACAAAUACAACACCGCAGAAGGAUGCCGGUUCGGUGACAAGUGUAACUUUGCACAUGGAGAAUGGGAGCUCGGAAAGCCAACAGUCCCGGUUCCAUCUCACUAUGAAGAUCCGCGUGCUAUGGGACCUGCACCCGGAAACCGAUUCGGCGGAGGUGGGCCCCGGAUGGAUUUUAAUCCGGCAGCCAACCAUGCAGCUGCCGUAGGCUUUGGAGCCUCUGCAACUGCGAAGGUCAGCGUUGACGGUUCACUUGCUGGACCGAUCAUUGGUAAAAACGGAGUCAACUCUAAACAAAUCUGUCGGUUGACCGGAGUUAAGCUUUCCAUAAGAGACCAUGAGUCGGACCCGAGCCUUAAAAACAUUGAGCUUGAGGGGACGUUUGACCAGAUCAAACAAGCGAGUCAGAUGGUUCGUGAGCUUAUAGUGAGCAUAAAGUCGGCUUCUGGACCACAUGCACCACAAAAGAGCUUUGGCGGAGGUUCGGCUAACUUUAAGACUAAACUGUGUGAAAACUUUGCGAAAGGGUCUUGUACGUUUGGUGAAAAGUGCCAUUUUGCACAUGGUGCCGAAGAGUUGCGCACAUCAGGGGUUUGAUGUUUUGAGUUUUGACCCGUUAUAAUUUGUUUAGAACAUGAUCUUGUUUUGCAAUCUGAGAUGUCGAGCGUUAGACGGUAAUGACUUUUUAAGGCGUUUGUUUAGGUUUCAUUUUCUUUUUACAGUUUCACUAUUAGAAGUUUGUUUUAGUUUAUUUAUUUGUACUGUGGUAUGUCUGUUGCUACAUUUGUGUCAUGAAUGAGGCAUCUCAAUUUUAGAGAAUUUUGAA